AUGGGGCAUCACAAGACAGACAUGGAGGUUGUUGCCAGCUCGAUUUCCGGAAAGGCUGCAGAGUCAAACGUGGAACUUCCCCCACUAAAAAAUCCACCAUUUUCAGGGGAUUUUUCGGAAUGGCAGCAGUUUUAUGAAUUCUUUAGAGUAACGAUUCAUGAGAAGGACAACCUCAAACCCAUUCAGAAAUUCCAAUACCUGAGGGGAGCUCUUUCGGGUGAGGCCAAAGCACGAAUAAAGCAUUUUGCCAUGACAGAAGCAAAUUACCAGGAGGCUUGGGAAAUGCUUGUCAACCGCUACAACAAACCCAGAAACAUCAUCUUCGACAAUAUUAAGAGAUUCAUCUCUCAAGCCAAGAAGACUGCGGUGAACCCAUCAGGCCUCCGGGAAUCAUUCAACACAUUUGAAGAGGUUAUCAGAGCAAUGGAUGCCCUCAAAAACACAACCAGAGAUCCUUGGCUAAUCUACAUUGCACUGGAAGCUCUCGAUCAGGAAAUUAAGAAUCUCUGGUCCCGCACUCCUCUACAAGGUGCUAUUCCAACUUGGGAUGAAUUCAUGCAGUUUCUCGAGGACAGGUGUGAUUCUUGGGCAUCAUAUUGGGAGAAAAAGUCAGAUAAUAAGCCUGCAAAGUCCAUCCCAGCACCCAAAACUGGUCCAGCACAGAAGUCAAAGACACAACCCCAACAAACAAACUCAUUUGUGACUACAGUCGACAAUUUGAGGAAAUGUCGCAUAUGUUCCACUGGACAUCAUGUCGAAUUCCAGUGCUCAAAGCUUUUGGAGGCUUCACCAGCAGAAAGAUUGGAACUUGUAAAGACUAGCAAACUGUGUUUCAAUUGUCUACGCGCAUCCCAUUCAGUUCAAAGCUGCCGUUCGAGCACUUGCAGGACCUGCUAUGCUCGUCAUAACACGCUUUUGCAUGAGUCAUUCAACAAGGCGAGUACUCCACAAACACAUGAAAAGUCUGAAUCACAAAAAUCGUCAGCAGGGGAAAAAUCAACCCCAACCCCAAGUAAUACUCUGGUGAAUCACCUGACACUUCACGCUCAGGAACACAAAUACACAAUGUUGCCUUCUGUGCAAGUUUUUGUGACAGGAGUUGAUGGCCGUAAGCAUGUUUGUCGUGCCAUACUGGAUUCUUGUUCUCAGACAAAUUCAAUCACAAGCAAAUUCGCCGAUCAGUUGAGUUUGUCUCUCGAACCCUCACACGUGAAUAUCAUCAAGGGUAUCGGAGCAAACACAACAAGUACACCUCAUUCAGUUCACGCGGAAAUUCAGGAUCGCAGUGGCAUGUUUUCAAUGAUUUUGGAGUUUCUCGUCAUGCAGCAUAUUACCGACCAUCAACCAGCCAUUGAGGUGAAAGUACCCUACGCAAUUCCUGGUCACAUCACUCUGGCAGAUCCGGACUUUGGAAAACCCGGAAGAAUCGAUAUGUUACUUGGAGCCGAAGUCUUUAUGACUGCUAUUCGUGGACACAAGGUUGCCGGGUCUCCCACUCUACAAGAAACAGUUUUCGGAUACAUUGUGGCAGGCUCAAUCCAGACAUCAACUUCCCAAACAAUCCCGAACUCUCAUGUGGUUACGUGUCUGUGUUCAACAGAAGACAGCUCAUUGCUCGAUCAAAUGGAGAAGUUUUGGAUUCUCGAAGAAGUUCCAUCUGAAAGAGUGCUAAGUCCGGAGGAGCAGAAAUGCGAAGAACAUUUCACAUCACAUGUCCAACGCAAUGCCGAUGGGAGGUAUGUGGUCCGUCUACCCACUCGCGACAACGUACAUGAGCUAGGCGAUUCCCGACAAAUGGCUGAAAGAAGAUUUCGAUGCGUCGAACGUCGACUACAGCGGGACGAAAAUCUCUACGUGCAGUACAGUGACUUCAUGCGACAGUACGAAGCUCUCGGACACAUGCGCAAACUCCCACUUGGAUAUUCAUCACCAAUGCCAGAGGUUUAUCUGUGUCAUCACGCAGUAGUUAAGGAUUCUGCCACCACUCCAGUAAGAGUUGUUUUUGACGCUUCGGCAAAAACAUCUUCUGGGCUCUCAUUGAAUUCUGUGCUCAUGGUUGGAGAGAAAACUCAGGAUGAUCUAUUCGAUAUUUUGCGCAUUCUCUAUAGUGAGUCACCAAGUCAGCCACUUCAAACAUAUUUGCUGUCAACUGUGACUUAUGGCACUGCUAGUGUUCCAUAUCUUGCAACUAGGAGUCUCCUACAAUUGGUACUAGAUGAAGGUCGUAAUUAUCCCCUCGCUGCAGCAGUAGUUGAAAAGGAUUUUUACGUGGAUGACCUCCUAACCGGAACUUCAGAUGUGGAGAGUGCUCAAAAGCUCAGAAAAGAACUCACAACAAUGUUGCAGGCUGGAGGAUUUGUACUGAAAAAAUGGUCAUCGAAUUCAACAGAAGUAUUGGCAGAAAUCCCAGAAGCAGACCGUGAGCUUAACUCGUCUCUCAAUUUAGACACAGAGGAAAUCGUAAAAACGCUAGGACUCAACCUGAAUCCCACUCUGGAUAUAUUUUGGUUUACAACAACAUCCUUUCACGAAACCAUUACGAAGAUAACAAUGCUUUCAGAUACAGCAAAGACAUAUGACCCGUUGGGUCUACUGUCUCCCAUCACAGUAACAGCGAAAAUCAUGAUGCAGUCUCUAUGGGACAUCAAGGUCGAUUGGGAUACACCACUCCCGCCGGAAGUGUGUGAAAGUUGGAAGCAGUAUCAGCAAAACUUGAAGGAAGCUGUGACAAAUAUCAGAGUUCCCAGGCAAAUCACAAAUAUCAUUCAACCCACAUCAAUUCAGCUGUUUGGAUUCAGUGAUGUUUCAGAGAAGGCGUAUGUAGCGUGUGUAUAUGUGCGAGCCACAGAUGCGCAAAACAACAUUUCUUCUCGAUUGCUAUGCGCCAAAACUAAGGUUGCACCACGAAAAUCAGUAACUUUACCACGAUUGGAAUUAUUGGAAGCUACGUUACUAGCCAAAUUGCUCAAAAGACUCAAGAAGAAGAUGACUUUGCCGAUCGACGAUGUCCACGCCUUUUCAGACUCGACAAUUGUUCUUUGUUGGAUUCAAGCAGAGCCACAAAGGUGGAAAACUUUUGUAGCUAACCGAGUUACACUGAUUCAAGAUGCAGUUCCAUCGACCAAUUGGCAUCACGUAGUAUUUCAGGACAAUCCUGCAGAUCUCGCGUCUCGGGGAGUUGGAACAUCAGUUCUUCUCAAAGAUCCUAUAUGGUUUCACGGGUCAUCUUGGAUCACUGACGCAGACAUACAGUUCCAGAGUCUUCAGGAUGAUGAUCAAGUUGAUGGUGCUCACCUUGAGAUGCGCAAAACUGUGUCUUUGGUGAGUACAAAUAGUUUCUUUGCUGGACUCAUCGCUCGUUUCUCCUCCAUGCGCAGGCUCGUACGAUUCGUGGCCAUAUGGAAACGUUUUAUCAACAAUCUGCACAGCAAGGUCAAAGGGCAAGAAUUAACUUCUGGUUGUUUGACUCCAACGGAGCUUAAUCAGGCCCGAAUCUUCCUCAUGCGUCAAGUUCAGAUGGAAAUCUUUUCAGAGGACUAUCAUGAACUCUUAGAAAAGGGAUAUGUUUCCAAGGAUUCUCGGAUUCGCAAUUUGACGCCAUUCUUGGACAAGGAUAGUAUCAUCCGAGUUGGAGGAAGACCGCGAUAUGCACACGUUCAUGACAACUUUAAACACCCAAUCAUCAUCCCAGCUCAGCAUCCUAUCACUAGACUCAUCGCCCUGGAUGCUCACGAACGAACACUCCAUGGAGGUCCACAUAUGAUGCUAGCCUACAUACGUCAAAUGUAUUGGCCACUCAGGGGAUUAGACACACUUAAGCGAAUUGUUCGUGAAUGUGUGACAUGCUUCAAGGUGAAACCUAAGACUGCGGAACAAAUCAUGAGCGAUUGUCACAGUUCACGAGUCACUGCAACAUUCCCGUUCUCCCUUCACAUUGAACUUGUUUCGGAUUUGUCAACCGGAGCAUUUAUUGCCAGUGUGCGACGAUUUGCCGCACGUCGGGGAAAUCCAUCUCAAAUAUUGUGCGACAAUGCGACUAACUUUGUUGGAGCAGAUCGCGAGUUGCGUGAGUUAUUCAAGGAUUCCCAGACUCAAAACAAAAUCAUGAACAUAGUCGCCGAUCAAGGAAUUGAGUUUAAAUUCAUUCCUCCUCGUAGUCCACAUUUCGGUGGAUCAUGGGAAGCAGCGGUCAAAAGUGCCAAACAUCACCUACACCGAUCAGUUGGGAAUAUUCAUCUGACUCAAGAGGAAAUGCUGACACUUUUGGCACAGAUCGAGGCAUGUUUAAACUCACGCCCUCUCCUACCAUUUUCUACAGACCCGUCGGAUUUGACUGCACUUACUCCUGGUCACUUUUUACUAGGACGACAACCGAAUGCGAUCCCAGAUGAAGAUUUAUCUCAAGUUCCUGAAAAUCGUCUCAAAGGAUGGAAACUUAUCCAGCAAAAACUUCAGUGCAUCUGGUCUCGUUGGUCAAAAGAAUAUCUACAUACUCUACAGCAGCGUAAAAAUUGGACCGCUCAACACCCAUCGUUGCAACCCGGCGAUUUGGUGACAAUCAAGGAGGAUAAUCUACCACCCAUGAAGUGGAGUCUUGGUAGAAUCAUCGAAUGCUUUCCAGGAGCAGAUGGCCACGUGAGAGUGGCUACAGUCAAAACCGCCACAGGUAAAUUCACACCAGAACCCUCCACCAGCCCUUGGGCAUCUCCGGUGGUGCUUGUGAAGAAGAAAGAUGGUAGUACCAGGUUCUGCGUGGACUAUCGCCGCUUAAAUUCGGUUACCAAAAAGGAUUCCUUCCCUUUGCCACGUUUUGAUGACACCUUGGACGCACUUAGGGGCUCUUCCUGGUUCUCGGUGUUGGAUUUAUGUUCUGGAUACUGGCAGUGUGCUAUGAGACCUGCGGAUAAAGAAAAGACUGCAUUUACCACGGGACGGGGACUUUAUCAAUGGGUGGUCAUGAGUUUUGGCCUUUGUAAUGCGGUGACUACCUUUGAGAGAUUGAUGAGUGCCGCCUUGGCCGGACUGCAGUGGGAUACCUGCUUAGUGUAUCUGGACGACAUUAUAGUUCCCAGUAGACCUUGUAGUGACCACUUUUGA